AAUCAAAUUUGGCGCCUCCGCGGCCUCCGUCGCGUCUCCGUCACGUGACACACAGUCGAAGAAGAAAUGGCGGACGACAAAGAUGUUACCGAAAAAACGAUCGCCGAAGACAUCGUUGUCACCAAGUAUAAAAUGGCUGGGGAGAUCGUUAACAGGGUCCUCAAGCAAGUGAUUGAUAAGUGCGUGGCCGGCGCCUCGGUCAGGGAAAUAUGCGAGUUUGGGGACAAACUGUUGACCGACGAGACCAGCAAGGUGUUCAAGAAGGAGAAGGAGCUGAAGAAGGGCAUCGCCUUCCCCACAUGUGUGUCCGUCAACAACUGCAUCUGCCACUUCUCACCCAUUCCCAGUGAGCCUGACUACACGUUGAAGGACGAGGACGUCGUCAAAGUGGAUUUGGGAGCACACAUAGACGGUUUCAUAGCAGUGGUGGCCCACACGGUGGUGGUGGGAGCGUCCAGCGACAACAAGGUGACCGGCCGCCGUGCGGACGCCAUCCUGGCCGCCCACUACGCCUCCCAGGUCGCCCUCCGCCUCCUAAAACCGGGCAACGAGACCUACACCAUCACCGAUGCCAUCCAAAAGGUGGCCGAGUCCUACAAGUGCAAGCCAGUCGAGGGCAUGCUCAGUCACCAGCUGAAGCAGUUCAAGAUCGACGGCGAGAAGACCAUCAUCCAGAACCCCAACGACUCCCAGAAGAAGGAGCACGAGAAGUUUGAGUUGGAGACCCACGAAGUUUAUGCCAUGGAUGUGCUCAUCAGUACUGGAGAAGGUAUUGGUAAGGAGACGGAUACCAGGGUGUCCGUGUACAAGAAAACCGACGAAACCUACCAGUUAAAACUGAAGGCAUCACGAGCCUUUUACACUGAAGUGAGGACGAAGCAUGGAAAUAUGCCGUUUAACUUACGCACCUUCGAGGACGCCACAAAAGCCAAGAUGGGAGUGGGUGAAUGUGUCAAGAAUAAGCUGGUCGAGCCCUUCCAAGUAAUGUAUGAAAAACAAGGUGAAUUCGUGGCCCACUACAAGUUCACGGUGCUGCUGAUGCCGAACGGCCCCCACAAAAUCACCGGGCUGCCCUUCGAGCCGGAACUGUACUCGUCCGAGUACUCGAUCACCGACGCCGACCUGAAGUCGGUGCUGAACAGCUCGGCGAACCCCAAGUCCGCCAAGAAGAAGAAAAAGAAGGCGGAGGGUGCCGCCGAACAGCCGGCGGAAGUGGAGGCCGCCGCGUAAACGUUGGAGACACGCCGAACCGCACGUUCAACACCACUUUGUCCAAUUCUGAUCGAUAAAACCGGAACGCAAAUAUCAAACCAUAGGGAAAUCUGGAAACGUAUUUUAAAUUGAUUAAUCGGAGUAUUGGCAAUUAGAAAAUGUGUGCUACAUCUAGGAGUACAAGUUUUUUAUAUAUAUUUUUUAUUUGACACUCUUUAUCCAUAUACACCACACUUAAUGUUGCUUAAAUUAAUCCAGUUACUUUUCAGAACUUAAUUAUUUUGUUUCUUAAGUCAGUUCUUUUUGUAAAAUAUUUUUUAUAGAUAGUUCAAAUGUUUAUCUAAAUAACAUUGUAACAAAAUUUUAGAUUGCUGUAAAAAGCAAAUGACAAAUAAAAUAUUUGGUAUUUUGAGUCUAA